GGUUACGGUGUUCUGGGGCCACAUGGUGACUUAUUACUCCUCUGUCGUGUACCUUGUGAUGAUUGAGCAAUGCAGCGUCUGAGCUCUGUAUACUUCUCCCAGGUAGUCACCUACUUCCUGCUCCUCCUCCUCCUCCUCUCACAGGUGAGGUUGCCAGGCUAGGAGGCGCACACUGGCUCCAGGUACUAGUUGUGUAUCUCCAAGCGGUUUCAGUGGAUCCAGGGGCUGUGUGUGUGUGAAUCCUGGAAAGGUGUGUGUUUCGGAGUCCGUUACCUUCCCGGUGGAUGCCACAUUCUUCCUGAUCAUGUGCAUUCUUGCAGCUCUGAGUUGACAUGUAAGGAGCAGCUUGGAAACCUCCUCAUCACAACGAUAAGCAAGUGACGCUCCGAGAUAAUGGCUGGUACAGAAUGUGGGUUGCCAAUAAAUCUUAUUUCACCCCCGACUGCGGAGCAAGAGCUAUGGCCACACUUGGGCACCACGGUGUCCCUCAAUUGUACACUGCAAGUACCAGACUCAUGUAGUGGCAGUGUCACAUGGUUAAAGAAUGGAGAAGCAGCGGGGCACCUGUACGCCGGGCAGGACACUGUGUGGAAUGAUGUCAGCAGUUCAGUGAAGUUUAUCUCCAGCGUCUUAGGUGUUAAUCUUACCACAGAUGAAGAUUAUGGGAAGUUUACAUGUCAACUGCAGAAUGUCUCUGCCUCAUUUACUCUCCACAAAACAGUUCAAGCCGGGCAUAUAGCAGCCGUUGUUCUUGCUCUAUGUGUAUUUGCAGCUUUGGUUAUCGGGGUCAUUCUUUACCUUAAGUGUCGUCUUAAUCUCAGUCUUUGGUACAGAGACAAAUACGGGGAACCAGAAAUGAAUGAUGGGCGCCUGUUUGAUGCUUGUGUCUCUUUUUGUCCUUCAAACAUUGACACAAAGUUCACCAAUUUCAUCCUGAAGCCACAGUUGGAGAAUAGGUACGGCUACAAACUGCACCUGGAUGAGCGCAGUCUCCUGCCCAGCACAGAGCCUUCUGCUGAACUGCUUAUGAAUGUCAGCCGCUGCCGCCGUCUCAUAGUUGUCCUUUCAAUGGCGUAUCUAGAGCAGGAAUGGUGCCAAAAUAACUUCAGGGAUGGAUUUUUCCGCCUCCUGGAACUCUCGCAGACGCCUAUCUUCAUCCUCUUUGAGAAUCAGUACAAGGACCUGCCUGCAGAAGUCAUCCACCUUCUGAACAGUCAGAAAGGGACACUGAAAACCCUGAUGUGGAAGGCUGACUCUGUGUCUCCAGCCUCUGACUUCUGGAAGGAGCUCCGUCUUGCCCUCCCUCGUAAGAUUUCACUUUCCGAUGGCAAAGGUGAUCCUCAGACUCAGUGCCAGGAUGAUAAAGAUCCAAUGUUGACUCUAAACAGCGAAGCAACAGAUCUUGACCCUGAUGGAGACCUAGGUGUUCGAAGGACUUUUUAUAAAGCACCCCCACCUCGGAUAGCCCCAGUGACACGAGUCCCAGACAGAGAACCUACAGGAGAAGUGGACAUCUCCGAUUUAGGUUCACGGAACUACUCAGCCAGAUCAGAUUAUUACUGUCUGGUCACGGAGCCUGACCUAUAGGUAGAAGAGGAGAACAUGAAGGACAUUGGAGGUGACCUAAAAAAAUACAACUCCUAUGGUUAAAGAAGGAAAAGAACGAGGACAGAGACUGGCGGAGCCCAAUAAUCAUUUGAGUUAAAGCUGUUAAAGGUGACAAAUGAAAAGUCACAUAAUUCCCUUCUAUCAGCUCCAUUUAUUAUGAUGUCUAAUUAUUACGGUAGAUCUGGAAGACUAUUAUUACUGCCAGCAGCUCAUGUCCGUCACUACACUAAAAAUAACUGGGAAGAGGAAAAAUGAAGCCAAGUGAGGGAGGAUUGACAGGUAUGGCUGAUACUUCUCUUCCCAUCAGCAAGAACUGAUGUAUGUUGGUUUAUGUUAUGUAACACUAUGUUACAUAUUAUUCCAUAAGAAAAUUGGAAUAAGACAAAUUGUAUAAUUUUAUAAUACCUUUUAAAAGUUUGUUUAUCUAGUUAUCAGGGAAUCGCUACAAAAUCAGGAAUUGUAUAUAACCAGUAUAGUUAGUUUUCGUGUGGCAAAGCAAGUAAUUCUUGAUUUACUGGGAUGGAGAUGACGUUUCCCAGUCUGUUGUCACAAAUGAUAUACUGUAUGUACAAUAGACCAGUUAUCAGUCCACAUGUCCAGGACUAGUGACUAUGGAUGUGUCCUACAGUUAUAGUCUACAGUAUGGACAGGGUGAAGCCACCAUGAAUUUUAUUUCCGUAAAGAGAGUAAAGUUGACCAUACACCCUAGAUAUGUGUUGGCUGGACCCACCAAUUUCAGGGAGACCAGCUGACCAUCUAAAUUUUCACCCAAGUGUAUAAAAACAGCAUAAAAAACCCACAAAGGCCCAACAGGGCCAGCAAAGAUUGGGGGAGAAAAGAGGGAAAGUAAGGAGAAUAUGAUGGGCAGAGACAUGCAACAUCUAAUGGUAGUAGUUUUA